AUGAAGAUGAAGGUGGGUUUUCGAUUUGAUCCGAGGGAUGAGAAUUUGAUAAACUUCUUGAAGAACGAGGUAAGGGGUCAUCAACAGCGGCACCUAAAUCAUUUUGUUGUCAAGGAUUGUGAGGUAUAUGGCGAAAUUCCUCCAUGGGAAAUAUAUGAUUCUCAUACACACUACCAUUUACACACCUUCGGCCGAAAACUCUUCGUGUUCGCCAACCUCAAAACAACCGGCAAUCGUGUGUGCAGGGCUGCCUCUUGUGGAACCUGGCUUGCAAAAGGCAAGCCCAGAAGAAUCCUUGAUUCUCAGGGAAAUCUUAUUGGGAUCGACAGGAUGCUCAAUUUUAAGGCCAAGGAUCAUGAUUCGGGCAAAUUCAAUAAGACUAAUUGGAUAAUGCACGAGUUCUCCCUUGCAAAUCAAGAAUCUCCUAGAACCAACACAGUCCUCUGUGUUAUCUAUAAACAAAAUAAAGGGUCAGAUUAUGAGGAGGCCAAAGGAAGAGUUUCUACUGCUGCUGCUGAAGAGGUCUCAAUUUUCAAUACAACUGCUGUGAUGUCACUUGAACAGGAAGAAGCCCAAGCCCAACAACACAGAAAAAGACUGUGCCUUGAGCCUAAUGCUGGCCCUGAUGCAGAUGUUUAUUCGCAUGAAGAACUUGCUGCAAGGUUGGAUAACACAUCCCCGGAUGAAGCAUUGAGCCAAAUAUUUUCUGAUUUACCACCCUUGGUUGAACUAUGCAGUCAAUCCGAAUCUGACCCUGUUGCUUAUGCUGAUCUGAUGAAGAGAUUGCUGCAUUAA